AUGAGACAACUCAAGGAAUCUACUACUACAGCAAACAUGCCCAUCUUUGGCGAAAAACCAUUCACGUCCAUCACAGUUAAAAUUAAUCAGCUCUGUCAACCUCAUCGUAAUGACGAUUUAGAGGACGAUUCAAUCGAGCUUUAUGUAACGGAUCUUAUCGAUCUCAUCAAGCUCCAACUGACAGGUGCUGUGGAGGCUGCACGGGCCGUUCGCAAAAAAAUUAAGUAUGGCAACACUGUAGAGGAACAGUUGCUUGCAUUGUCGCUUUUGGAACUUUUAGUGCUCAAUUCUGGGCCCAAAAUCGGCCAAGUAUUGGCCUCAGAUGAUAAGCUCUUGGAUCUCUUGAAGAACAUCCUCAGCGGCAAUGUCCGCUCGGGAUUGGGGUUUGACUACGACCCACAAGUGGCGCAAAAGGUUAAGAACUUGGCAAUUGGCUGGAAGUCCGAGCUCGCAGACUUGGAUGGCUAUAGAGGCAUGGCCCAGUUGUGGAAGUAUAUCCCACGCCAACUGAAGCAGCCCCGCACUGGUUUGUCGUCCAGAUUCGACAGUGAAGCAUCCUCUGAAAGCCGUAGUCCUAGACGUGUGCGUUCGGACAGUGUUGAUGAACGGUUUAACGAGUACGAACGAGCAUCGUCCAGAAACAGAAGCAACAGCAACAGAAAGUCACCUGCUCCUCCAAGACCUACCGCCGCUUCACCAUACGCUAGCAAGACAUCCGACAAUGGUGAUAAGAAAAAGAAGAAGAAGAAAAGCGCUCGUGGCAAGAAAUAUGCCGACGAGGAGUUUGAAAUUCCUCAGAUUAACUACAAGGUAGAAGCACCAAAGAUCAGAAAUGUCAUUGCCGAGUGCCAUACGCAUACAACUGCUUUGAGCAAUCUGCUUUUGGCUCUUCCAGCAGGCUCAGAUCCAUUGUCAGACGAUAGGAUCGCCAAAGAGUUUGAAAAGUGUCGGAAAGUCCGUCGGUCUGUGCUCAGAUACUUGCAAUACGUUGGAGCCGGAGGUGAGGAAGGUAAGUCUGCAGAAGUGGUGGCUAUGGACGAAGAGUUCUUGGGCUCCCUUAUUGUUGCCAAUGAGCAGCUUGUGACCACUUUUCAGCAAUUCGACAAAGCCAGUGGCUACACCGCUGAAAAUCCAGCACCUGUGUACCCCGAGGAGGAAGAGGAAGAAGAGAGCGACGAGAGCUGUUACCUGAGCGAAUCAGAUUCGGAGCUGUUGACUGAUGGAGUGGGAAGCAUGACUGUUCAAGAGUCUAGUUCCAGACUCCAGGAGGCCGUCAAAUCUCCACCACCCCGGCCAUUCAAAUCGGCCAAUUUGCGUCCAAAAACUGAGUCUGAGCCCAAGCCCUUGCAAAGACCACCAGUUGCCAAGACCCAAAGCUCUGGCUCUGUGGACAGUGCAGACCCCUUUGGUGAUAGCCAUGAGGUUGGAACUAGCAGCUCCAAAUACUAUUAG